AGCCGCGGGUUACCGUGAGUGUUGGCCUUACGGCAUCCGAUGACAUCCGUGACUACAGGGCGGCGGCGGGUCGCGAGGCAGGCGACACGGGUGGCAGGAAGGACAGGGCGGGCAGCUGCUUGGCUAUGGGGCAUCGAGAUUGCCGGGCGGGGGUGGUUCCCGGUCGUCCUCAAGGAACGGAUGGCGGGGAAAGCCGCCCCGGGGCCGGCAAGCUCAGUCUCAGGACCGACCUCCUUGCUCGCGUUUGAGAGGUGGGGUCGCGUUUUGUGAGUGUUGCCAGGCUGGCGGGUGUCGUAAAUCGGAAGCGUCUGCUGCAGCCUCUGGUUUCUUCAUGUUACCCCAGCUCAGGGCGGCAGAGGUGUGCCGGUCUGGGGAAGCCCAGAACUGAUCUCGUGGCUUUCUUGCAGGUGCAGACAUGGCCAAGUCCAAGAACCACACCACACACAACCAGUCCCGCAAAUGGCACAGAAAUGGCAUCAAGAAACCCCGGUCGCAAAGAUACGAAUCUCUUAAGGGGGUUGACCCCAAGUUCCUGAGGAACAUGCGCUUUGCCAAGAAGCACAACAAGAAAGGCCUGAAGAAGAUGCAGGCCAACAAUGCAAAGGCAGUGAGUGCGCGCGCAGAGGCCAUCAAGGCCCUGGUGAAGCCUCAGGCCAUCAAGCCCAAGAUGCCAAAAGGCCCCAAACUCAAGCGGCUGGCUUUCAUCGCUCACCCCAAGCUUGGGAAGCGGAUUCGAAGCUACAUGGCCAAGGGUCAGAGGCUCUGCCAACCGAAGCCUAAGGUCCAAACCAAGGCAGGGGCCAAAGCUCCAGCUAAGGCCCAGGCUUCAGCUCCAGCUCAGGCUCCCAAAGGUGCUCAGGCCCCCAAAGGUGCCCAGGCCCCUGUGAAGGCCCCAUAGAAAAGGCUCCUGCCAGUGUGAAGACAGACGGACUGCUGUGACACACCUCCCCACACACUAUUUGCAGAUGACCAGUGUCCUAUGCUGUUCUUACAAAUAAACUCAGGCAAGAUCUGUUAG